GCAAAUAAAUCCACUGAAAUGGUGUUUUUUGUCUGCUCUGCUUGUGGGAGCUCCUUCAAGAGCAAGCAAGCUAAAAUGCACACAUUCCGGUGCAGAGACUCGGCAUUCAGUUGUAUGGACUGUGGCAAAGAAUUUCAGGGUUACUCUUUUACUGAGCAUACUCAGUGCAUCACUGAAAGUGAGAAGUAUCAUGGCAGCCAUCAUGUCCCUAAAACAUCAUUGGACAAGAAUGCCUUAUGGGUGGAGAAGGUCAAAAAUCAUCUUAAUAAACAAGAGACAAAGCCUUUCUUGAAAAAAAUGGUCGGGAAGAUGCUGGAAAUGCCUAACAUUCCUAGGAAAGAGAAAAAAUUCAUGAAUUUUGUCCGCACCAAUCUGAAUGUAUCCAGCGAGCAGAUCGUCCAGGGUUUAUGGGAGUUGGUGUCAGGAGCGAUGGCUGUGGCUGACAAUGCAAGUGCAGAAAAUGUCGCAGAUAAAGAAAAUUCUUCUGCUGUACAAAAUGGACAAAACUUGGAAGAAAAAGUGACCAAUGGUGUUGCUGAUGAUAUGCAAAUGAAAGAACAAAAAACGCAAAGCUUGCAAAAAAAUCCAGAAACUGACCACUCUUCCCUGCCUGACGAAACGUCCCACAAAAGUAAAAAAAGGAAAGUAUCUUUUGAUGGGGACAGCUUAGCAGCUACCAAUUCCCCAUCAGAUGAACACGAAGAAGAUGAAGAGGUAUCCAGUGAACCCCGGGAAAGUAAAUCAAAGCGACGGAAGAAGAACAAGGGCCGCCAGAGUGCGACUGAUGAACCUGAUGAUUCAAUUAUGUGCCGUCCAACUCAUGGAGGAAGCAGGGGUGAAGAUCUGGCCAAUUUGGAGUCUGUGUCCGUGGAUGCAGUGACGGGCCUCAAGGCUUUCAAGUGGCGGUCUUCUCUGAAGCGCAUUUUGCGUGCAGGGCCUGCCGAGGGCAUGAAGUUAACCAAGCUUCUCCACAAAAUUGAGCAGGAAUACAACGACCCUGUGACUGGGGCGGCCAUCCCGUUGUCUAGAGAUGAGUUAAGAUCAAUUAUGAUGAAAACUCUGAACAAGAAACCGUUCAGCGUGUUGCAUGAUAGAGCUAAAGUCGGGAAAUUCAAUACUACUGUGGAUGAAGUAUGAUGACUGUGAAUUGAACGAUACCCAAACUACAAAAUUAAUUGCGCUAAUUUCUUGCCCCCAUAAAUUAAUCUUGCAAAUAUCAAGUUAAUUGUGUGCAUCUUCGUAUUCGACAUCCGGCUCACUUAUUUUAGCUUGUGUAUUUAUUCUCUUCUUGUUUUAACUUAUUUAUUUGAUUGUAACUCGACCAACUGUUUUGCGUAAUUGCCAAUUAAUUUGUAGUUUGCUGCCUCAACAGUCGCACAGUACAUGAUGUGAAGUA